AUGGAAGAAGAUAACAUAAGUGAAAUUAAUAAAAAAAGAAAAAUUGAUAAAAGUAAAUACGUAAAUUAUUAUUUGCAUACCAAUAAUUUAUACAGAAAAAAUGAAAAUAAUUCAGCUUUUAUAAAUCCGAAGAAGUUCAAUCAUGAAGCUAAAGGCAACAAAAUUUAUAAUUUAAGUAUAAAUAAUAACAACUCUUCACAAAAAUUAAAUUUCAAUAAAAAUAUAAACGUAAAUAUAAAACCAAUUUUUAAUAACAAAUAUAAUUCGAAUAAUAGUAUUAUUAAUUAUAAUAAUGAUAAUAAUAAUUACGGUAGCCUUAAUAAUAAAAAAAAUAAAUUUAUGGUCCAUCCUUUUUUAAAUAAGAACUCAAGAGAUAGCUCUUAUUUAACUGAUAACGAACUAAAUAAGGCUUUUGAAUUAGAAUUACCUUCAAAAAUCUUUAUUAAUGAAAGUUUAAAGAACAAUUAUAAUGAUGAUGCUAGUAUGAAGAAAAAAACAAAAAAGCAAAGAAUAGAUAAAGUAGGUUUAUCAUCAAAUGAAUAUAAUACUUAUAAAGUAGAAACACAACAUAAUAUAUCUUAUGAAGAUGCAGAAAAAUUAAAUCAACUAUGGAAUAUUUAUAUUAAUGAACUACUUGAGUUAUCAAAUAAUAAUGAGUUAAGCUUAGAUACAAUUAAUGAUAUAGAGUUAAAUGGAGCAUACAUAGAAAUUCAUAAAUCUCGUUGUUCUACUUAUAUUGGAAUAAAAGGAAUAAUAGUCCUGGAAACCCAUAACUCAUUUAAAAUAAUAACUCCAAAUAAUAAAGUAUUAAUAAUAUUGAAAAAUAAAUCAGUUUUUAUAAUUAAAAUAAAAGAGAGGUUUUAUUACUUACAUGGAAUUCAGUUGAUGCGAGAUCCAGCUUUAAAAUCAUCAAAGAAGUACAAAAUAUUACAAACUAGAAUCAUUUAA